AUGGGUGACUUCGAUCAGCUCUACAACCAGGGGCUCUACCUCUCCCGGGACCAGCAGGACCUGUUGAUGGCUGCCCUCCACUCCAACACCCCCGCCAACAAGCAUUCCCACCAGACGCCUCCUAUCAAAACCGAUCAUAGCCCGGCUCAUUCAUCCAACGGCCUCAGUGGCCCGCCAUCCGGUGCACUCGACUCCAACUCACAUUUGAACCCCUUUGGGAACUUUGGAGAUGACGAGAGCCCGUAUGUCGACUUCGACCCGGGCGUCGAUUUUGAUUACACCGCCUCCGGGGAUCUGAUUGGAGAUCUCCCGGGUGAGUCGGGUCAGGACUAUGAACUGGGUGAGAAGCGGAAGUCCAUCGACGGCAAGUCGGAGGAGGGUGAAGAUACGGGCAAGAAGCGACGGGAGAGCGAGGCUAAGAAGCCUGGCAGAAAACCGCUGACCUCAGAGCCUACUACAAAGCGUAAAGCUCAGAACCGAGCCGCGCAGAGGGCUUUCCGAGAGCGCAAAGAAAAGCAUCUCAAGGAUUUGGAGACCAAGGUGGAAGAAUUGCAGAAGUCCUCUGACACCGCCAGCCAGGAGAAUGGGUUGCUGCGAGCUCAGGUCGAACGACUUCAGGUCGAGCUCCGUGAGUAUCGCAAACGCCUCUCGUGGAUAAGCAGUGGUGGUAGCGGCCUCUCUGCUGUGAGCAAUUACCCCAACGUUUCGUCAAGAGGAUCCACCGGUCUGCAAAAUAAUGAGUUCCUGUUCGAUUUCCCCAAGUUUGGUGACUUGCCGGGUGCCCAUCUCUUCAACGGGCAGAACAAGGAGCAUCUCAGGAACAAGGACAGUGCUCGUGCUCCGGGUGUGUUGAGUCGUGACAACCUGAAUGCUACCGACUCUCGUAGUCCCGCGACCAAGUCCACCUCCAGUACUCCUCAGGCCCAUACUGGCUCUUACGGAACCCUUGGUAGUAACGCGUCUGUCAAGACCCCCUACUCCGGCCUCAAGCCUUCUUCUGCCCCUACUCAGGAUACUUCCAAUUCGGAUUCUCCGUCGUCAUCAUCGGACUCACACCAAAGCCAGAUGCUCUCGUCGAGUGGCACAUCACCCGAGCCUAGCUCCCACUCCCCGCCGGAUGCCAAGAAUUUCGGGCCCAAUGUGUGUGUUCACGGCUCCAUUGAUGGUGAGGAAUCCUUUUGCGCACGACUCGGCAUGGCUUGCGGCAAUAUCAAUAACCCCAUUCCAGCUGCGCGAGACCAAAAGGUCAAGUCCAAUAGCAUUCCCAACCAGCAACCCGCUCCCAACUCCACCGAUGACUCCAUGGGCUUCGAUUGGCUGGCUCAGCAAAAUGGUGGCCAAUUUGACCCGGUGCUCUUCGGAGAUUGGCGCGAGCCGCAAGAUGCUGUGUUGUCCCAGGACUUUGGUUCCUUCUUCAAUGACGCCUUCCCACUCCCCGACUUGGGCAGUCCGUCGCACAACUUGACCGAGGUGGCCACGAACCAGGCUCCCAAGAAGGACUUGUUGGCCGAAAUCGACAGCAGGCUGGACGAGGACGAGGUUGUGCCGGGCGAAGACAAGGCACAAAUGCUCUCGUGUACAAAGAUCUGGUAUGAUUCCUGUGCCUUUUAUUUCACCUCGCACAACAAGUCACUGACCAUCCAUUUCAGGGAUCGCCUCCAAUCGAUGGAGAAGUUCCGCAAUGGCGAGAUCGAUGUCGACAACCUUUGCUCCGAGCUACGGACCAAGGCUCGAUGUUCAGAGGGCGGCGUGGUGGUGAACCAAAGGGAUGUCGACGACAUCAUGGGUCGCGCCAAGUAG